AUGGGGAUGGAGGAGGUGAAAGAGACCGGUGCAGCAGCUGGGAGCCGGGGCGCCACUUCCUGGUUUCCCCCCUCUGCAACUUCAAACCAACCCGCCUUCGCAGCGCCGCCGGAAAGGGCCGAGCGCCGCCGCCGAUUGGCCGCGCCCGCCUGCCGCUCCGAGGGCGCCGCCGGCCGCCGGCGAGUGACGCGGCGUCCGGCCAAUCGGGCGAGGGGGGCGGGAGGGCGCCGGCCAAUCGGGGCGGGCGGAGGGGGCGUGGCCGGCGUGGAGGAGGAGGAGGAGAGGGCUGGCGCCGAGGCGGCGCGUAGGGUCCUGCUGUUCGCUGCUACUCCCCAGGGUCCCGGGUCAGCCGAGUGGGGGCAGCGGCCGCCCCUGGGACGCCCUCCGGUGAAGAGGAAGUUGGAACUGGAGAGUGACCAUCAGUAUCUGGCUGUGGAGGUGGAGACUGUGAAAGGGAAGGGCAAGUCUUCUGGUAGAGCCCUGAAGUCGCCAGUGGAGAAGACACGGUAUGAUACUUCCCUCAGUCUGAUCACUAAGCGCUUCAUCCAGUUGCUGGGGCAGUCUCCCGAUGGCGUGCUGGACCUGAACUGGGCAGCCCAGGUCCUCGAAGUGCAGAAGCGCAGAAUCUACGACAUCACCAACGUACUAGAGGGCAUCAAGCUCAUCACCAAGAAAUCCAAGAACCACAUCCAAUGGCUGUAAGGAGGGAACCAAUUCCUGGAUGGCGAGAUGGCUGUGCGGUACCAGGCGCUGGUGAAGGAAAUUGCUGAGCUGGAUGACAGCGAUCGUAAGCUGGAGGAACUGAUCCAGAGUUGCACUCUACAACUCAAACUACUGACCGAGGACUCGGAGAGCCAGAGACUUGCUUAUGUAACCUGUCAAGACUUGCGCAGCAUUGAAGACUUGUCUGAAGAGAUGGUGAUGGUGAUUAAAGCUCCUGCUGAUACCAAGCUGCAAGUGACUGAUCCAAGUGAGGCACUGCAGAUUUCGUUGCAAAGCAGCAAGGGACCUGUGGAUGUGUUCCUCUGCCCUGAGAGCAGUUCGGGCACCUGCAGUCCCGUGAAGACGCUCAGCAGCCCUGUGAAAGUCAGUCCCAUCAAGACCAGCAGCCUCUGUAAGCUCACCCAUCAGGAACUAUCAGGAAGCACUUCCCAGGGCACGACCCUAUCGUCAUCUUCCAGUCAAGAUCAAGAGAUGCACCUUGGCACUUCACCUUUGGCAGUGGUGGACAUUAACCUCUCGCCUUUGACCUCCGCUGCCUCCCUCCUCCAGCAGCCAGAAGACGUCCUUCCCUCAAUCCCGUUCGACGACACGUUUGUCAACCUCUCUCCCCCGCUGCUUCAGGACUACCACUUCGGCUUGGACGAGGGCGAGGGCAUCAGUGAAUUGUUUGACUGCAACUUUGACACUUUGCAAAAUUUGGAGUUCUGACCGAGCGGCUGUGGGUUUGUUGACAAGUGAGUCUGCGUUGCCCUGUGCUUAGAGCGUUCAGGGGCGCUGCCUCUGGGGACUGGCUAGAUUGAUACGAGUUGCAGGUAGACUUCCUGAGGGCGACUAUGUCUUGUUCUGUGCCAGCCACAGCCUGUGCCCAUUGAGGGAUUCGGAGAUGUGGGUGAACAUCUGAACAUCUCCAGCUGGUGUCAGACUUCCCCUGCGUACAAGGCAGGCAUUCCCAAUUGUUCCCACCCGCCUCUCUUCCUCCCCCCCCCGCCCCCCCAAUCUGCCGGCCGUACAGAGUGCAUUUUAUUCACUCGCCUCCUGCUUUCCUCUCCCCUUCUCCCUGGUGUUCCCCCACACGUUAACAUGGCACUGUUGGUUCGCAGCAGGGGUAUCUCGACCUCCGCCUGCCUUGCGGUAGGCACAGACUCCAGGCGGGCAAGCACUUCCUCUGCCCUCCGCGUCGCAGUCUCUGUUGCUUUACACACGACGCCUCGUCUGGUUUUCAGUGGCCCGACCUCGUGGAAUGGAAGCCUGGCUCGCUCUGACACUGGCAUGGGGGUGGUAGGUGGGUGGAUGCAGGAGGGCGAUGAGCCUCGGUCCUCCCAGCUAGUGGGGGCUGGUUCAACCUCUGCUCCGCAUCUGGAGGGAGCACCAGGGUAAAUGGGGGAUGGGUGGGAGAGGAAGUGCUGCCCAGAGAGUGAACUGGAAACUAGAUUCAAAGCUGCCAAUGAAUGUCCAUACCAUUUCAACCCCGGAUCCCCCUCUCUCACACCCCUCUCCAGGUUGAACUGUAGUCACUGUUUCCCAACCCCAUGCUGUGGACUGAGCAUAGGCUGAUUAAUUCCACGUUCUUUAUUAUUAAUUGUUAUUAAAGCUAUUGAUCAGCCCUGUGAUUAAAGUCCCAAUGUGUCCCGUGAGAGCAGAGGUGACAAAGUACCUGAGGUUUUUGGGGAGAUUUUGACGGACGCUGUAAACUUGUUCUGAUGCACGGUGGGGGGGGGGGGAGGAGGAGGAGGAGGAGGAGAGGAGAAGAGAAGAGGUCUGAUUGUGGAUACGACUUUCAAGUCCUUUCUGCCCCUCACCCCCAGCAAUCAUUGGACCAUCUGCUGCCCCCGGCAUGUGCCCCAUACAUCCUGCUGUGCUUCAGAUCCCCACACAGAUCUCUCCCAUCUACAUGCUGAUGGAAUCACCCCCACAGAGAAAACUACCUCUCUAUGUACUGAGUCUGGGCACCCACACGAAUGCAAGGUCUGUUCCUAGUACUGACUCUUUUGAUGGCUGAUUAGCCCCCCUUUUUCCCCACCCCCCCCUCCUCAUUAUCCCACCAUCUCCAGGACUGACAGCAGUACAGUGCUGAGAGGUAACAGCAUAUGGCAGUGUGAUGAUUUGCUUCACAAGAAGAAAGUCCAUUGCUUGGUGCACUUGGGUUUUUAGAUUGGAUUGGGCUUGUCUUGGAGGGGUAGAGAGCUCUGCUGUUUGGGCCAGCGGUGCUGAUUCUGCAAUGCCAUGGUAGUGCAUUCCUGGACCUGGACUGAGAAUUUGGCCCAUCGGUGUGUCAGGGCCACCUAAUUUCAAAGUCCAGCUUGGUGGCAGACUAAACUACUUCCACACAGCAAGCUCCCACAAGCAGCAGUGACCCCUGACGUACUUUAAGCAGAGGGAUAUUUAUUGGUCCUGAGCUCCCUCUGCUCAGCGGAAUGAUCAGGAGAGCCUGUCCCAGCCACCUUCACAAGUUAUCGAAGCACUUUUUGACCUGCCCUCUCAUCCUGGGAUUCUCCAGAGCACUUCCCUGGGAGGGUUCUCCUUUCCAAACCUCUGGACUGGUGUAUUUAUUACUCUUUAACAGCUUUUUAAAAAUGGUGAAGGUGGUUCUCUAUCCCCAUUCCCCCUUCUCUCCCUUGGGCUAGAUCCUGGGUCCCAAAUAUUAAGCCAGCUUUGGUGCUUUGCUUCUCUUGCAAAUGAAGCUGCGGGGAAGGGAAUGGGAACCUGGAUGGUUUUUUUGAGCAGAGCCUAUUGGAUGGGAGGCAUCUGCCAGUAUGGGGGCAAUGGGCCAAAUGGUCUCCCUCUGUGUGAUAAUAUUCUGUGUUUAGUCUUCCAGGUUUGAAAAUUCUCUCUUUCCCCUCCCCCCUUCCUUUGAGUGGUCCUGCCUUUUCAGCACUUCCUCC